CCACCCCCCACUACCCCAGAUCAGCAACAACAACAACAACAACAGCAAGCCACCCUCCAAAGCCAACGGGAAGCCGACUACCAACGCUUCAAGACCUACGCCGCCUGGACUUUCCUGGUCGCCUCCCCGAUCCUCAUCGCCCUCCCGCCGCGCAAGCUCGACAACCUGACGGUCCUCCAGCUCAGCGCCUUCUCGAUCUCGGCCAACCACCUCACGCGCGAGCGCACCGGCCGCAGCAUCGUCGACCGCCUCGAGGACAAGAUCUCCUCCGGCCGGAGCCACCCCCUGGCCUCGCUGGGGAACGGGCUCCCCAGUGAGCGCGCGCUGGAGAUCCAGGCCCGGCUGAAGGCGGACCGCGAGCGGCAGAUCGAGGAGGCCAAGGGGGAGGAGCUGGCCAAGCUGAAGGCCCGCGAGGAGUUCGACAAGCCCGUGCUGCAGCGGGUGUGGAUGGGCGGGGAGACCGAGGGGUGGAAGGAGCGGCGCCUGCGCGAGGAGCAGAAGGCCCUCGACGAGGGGAAGGGGUAUGGGGAUUUGAUCCGGGACCACAUCUGGGAUGUUUGGACUUGGGGGAAGGGGGAUGGA